GUCAGGGAGGUCCGGGAGGCACCUCAUCCAUGAAAGAUGGCGCACGAGCAUUAUGAGAGGGGUAUAAGCAAGUACAUAGCUGUCUACAGAUUCCGGCUCCACACUGAAGUCAUCGUCGGAUCAGACUCACCGGGCCAUCGCGCUUGCCAGUUGCUCUUUGUAUCCAACAAUUUACCCCUAACUCUUUAUUGGGUUUGAAGUCAACACCACCAUGGCUCCUCGUGUCUGGCACAUUAGCGGCGCAAAUACGGGCUUCGGCCUGGAACUCAGUCUCAAGGCGCUCAAGGAGGGCGACCGAAUCAUUGCCGCCGUUCGGUCACCGUCCAAGGUCCCAGACAGCCUCAAAGUCGACGGCGUCAAAGUCCUCCAGUAUGACCUCUCCUUCUCCCAGGAGGAGGUGAACGCCUACGCCGAGAAGGCUUUUGGCGCCUUUGGCCGGGUCGACGUCCUCGUCAACAACGCAGCCUACGCCUACAUGGGCGCCAUCGAGGAGACCGAAGACGAAAUGGUCAAGAAGCAAUUCGACAUCAACGUCUUUGGCGUUCUGCGCACCAUCCGGGCCUUCCUCCCGCACAUGCGAUCCCAAAAGAGCGGCACCAUCGCCAAUAUCUCGUCCAUCGGCGGCCUCCGGGGCUACCCGUCCAACGGCGUCUACUGCGCGACCAAGUUCGCGCUCGAGGGCAUCACGCAGGCGCUGGCGGCCGAGAUCGCCCCCUUUGGCCUGCACGCCUUUGUCAUCGAGCCGGGCUACUUCCGCACGGCGUUUCUGUCAUCGGUCGCGUCCGCCUCGGCGGCGUCGAACCUGGCGCCGCCGCUGGCUGUGUAUGACGGCACAAUUGCGCACGAGGCGCGGGCAAAUUUUGAAAGAUUCAAUGGGCGUCAGCUGGGGAAUCCAGUCGAGGGGGCGGCUAGGAUUUGGGAGUAUGUCGCUGGGGAGGGGUUGUUUAAGGGGAAGGAGAAGAGGCUGCGGCUGCCGUUGGGAAGUGAUACGGGCGGUGCCAUGCGGGCUUUGAGUGAGAGUCUGGCUGAGACGGCGAAUGACUAUGAGGAGAUCUGGAGCAGCACUGACUUCAAGGAGUGA